UGGUGAAGCCUAACUUAAUGUGAAAAUUGCAGAGAGAAACAUGUUUGCAUAAAUCAAUCAAUGAAGUUCAUUUUCCAGUGGAAAAUUUGGGAUCUAGUGAAUCUGAAGACCGCCACAUGGCUUGGCCAACCAAUCAAAUUCUACUCCAUUUUGUAAGGUUGCACUAUCUUCAUCUUGGGACAACAUUGUUUGAAAAGGAUGAUCCAAAAGAAGCCCUGGAGCUUCCACUGUUUGAAUUAGAUACAAUUUCUGAUGCCACUGAUAACUUUUCAGUCAACAUGAAGCUUGCAGAAGAUGGCUUAGGAGCUGUGUACAAAGGUACACUUUUAUAUGGACAAGAAAUCAUGGUCAAGAGGCUUUCAAAGAUUUCCAGGCAAGGAUUAAAUGAGUUCAGGAUUAAAGUUAUAGGAAUCUUGUAAAGCUUUCAGGAUGCUGCAUUGAAGGAGAAGAGAAAAUGCUGAUAAAUGAAUUCACGCCCAACAACAGCCUAGACUUUGUCAUGUUUGGUCUGCUAGCUUAGUGUAUUUCUGUUGCAGACAUUUAAUGUGUUCAAGCAAGAUUAAGGUUUAUUUUUUGACAA